GGAGAACCAGCAAUCCAAACCUCCCCCUUCCCCCUUGCCCUUUCCAUCUUAUCACUGAUUCUCACUCUGUUUCACCUCAAUCUGGGUUCUGUCAAUUGUGACUGUUUCUAACCAAUCUCUGUCAAAUCGACUCUCAUUCAUCAACAUCUUAAUCAUAUUAUGAAUUACUUGUAUCCAGUGAAGGAAGAGUACCCGGGAGACUCGAGUACAUCGCAGUACUGGAGCGGGGAUCCUCUGGUGGUGGCUCCACCGCAGCCCAUGGAGGGCCUGAACGACACAGGCCCUCCUCCGUUUCUGAACAAGACUUAUGACAUGGUGGAUGACCCGAGUACUAAUCGGAUAGUCUCGUGGAGCAGAGCAGGUGGCAGCUUUGUGGUUUGGGACCCUCAUUCGUUGGUGAUGAACCUCCUCCCUAGAUACUUCAAGCACAACAAUUUCUCCAGCUUCGUCAGGCAGCUCAACACUUACGGAUUUAGAAAGGUUGAUCCGGAUAGGUGGGAGUUUGCGAAUGAAGGAUUUUUGAGGGGUCAGAAGCAUCUCCUAAAGAACAUUAGGCGAAGGAAGACACCUUCUCAUCAGCCUAUUCCACCGCACCAAGCUGUAGGCCCUUGUGUCGAAGUAGGCCGGUUUGGCCUAGAUGGAGAGAUUGAUCGUUUGCGGCGCGACAAGCAGGUUCUGAUGAUGGAGUUAGUGAAGCUUAGACAGCAGCAGCAGAGUACUAGAGCGUGCCUUCAAGCCAUGGAACAAAGGCUACAAGGGACAGAAAGGAAACAACAACAAAUGAUGGCUUUCUUGGCCAGGGCAAUGCAGAACCCGGCUUUCCUGCAGCAGCUAGUCCAACACAAGGAGAAACGGAAGGAGCUUGAAGGAGCGGUGACUAAGAAAAGGAGGAGGCCGAUUGAUCAAGGCCCUAGUGGCUUUGGUGGUGGUGAAACUAACCUAAGGGGCAACGGAAUUAGCCCUGUUAAAGCUGAGUCUCUUGAAUUUGGAGACGGCUAUUAUGAAAUGUCGGAGCUAGAAGCGCUUGCAAUGGAAAUGCAAGGAUUUGGUAAGGCAAGAAAGGAACUGGAGGAAGAGUCAGAGCCCCUGGAAAUUGGGGAUAAAGAGCUUGAUGAAGGAUUCUGGGAUGAACUAUUUAGCGAGAGGUUUGAGGGGGGCUUGAGCACACCAAGUGCUGAAAUUGGUGAUGACGAAGAUGUCAUUAUCUUGGCUGAUCGCUUAGGUUACUUAGGUUCAACCCCAAGUUAGAACAGCUUAACUUCUUCUGCAUUUCCUCUCCUCUUCAGUUCACUGCCUCAACGACCAUUUCUUUCGGGUAGGAGGCUAAGGCCUUCAAGAGUUGUUUCAUAGUUUUUCAUUCCAUCUUUCCCCCUCUUUCUCUCCCUUUCUCUUCUCCUUCUCCUUCUCCUUCUCCUUCUCCUUCUCUCUCUCACUUUGCAUUGCUAGAGUCUCUUCAAGUCUGUGCCAUUUGGCCAUAACUGUCAUCUGCAAUUGUUUCUUGGUAAUCUUGACAGGAUAGGGGGAUUAGCAGCUGUUUAUCUCGGGAAACAAACUUCGUUUCUGGUGUUUCUAACCCUGGAUUUAAUUGCUUAAUGUCUCCUUUUCGCAUCUAAUAAUGCCCUCUGUUGUCUCUUUUAUCUUGGUUAGGUUGCAGGCUUUGCUUGGACAGAAUCAGUGCUAGUUUUUAUAGUCAUCUACUCAAGGUUCUUGUUUAUUUUUCAUAUCUCUCAAGCCACUGUUCCAUGUAUCAUGCAUACAUCCAAUGCAUUAUUAGUCUCUUCCUGUUGUAAUCUUUUCACUGCCCUCUUGAAUGAAUGUAGAUUGUUGAUUAUUCAGAAGCUGUUGAACUUGAAAAGGAGUAGCUGCAAGCUCCAAGAACCAUAAACAUUACAUUGUUUAUGGAUGGAUCCAAGAGAUCAUUGGUAGCUAAAUUUUAAGUUUCUGUUACUGCAUUGCCAACUAUAUAGUAAAGAGGUGUUACAUUUGUACCAUGUAGAUCACUCGUGCGAAACUUGGUUCUCUCUGUCACUACAUCAGCUGUGGACUCCCAACUGGUACAGUAUGAAUAUUUCAAAACAUAACAUAAAAAUGUGUUCUUUGCCAUUGAUGUCUUACAGAUGAAGACCGGAACCGGAUACAAACAUACAAGACUGGUUCAAGUGCUUAAUAAGAAUCUAAUUCUACGAAAAAGGCAAGAAUUUGUUGAAUUUUGUAUAUAGAUCACAUUGAAACUUUGUUCUGCAAGAUUCUGUAAACUGAGAUUCUCUAUGCGAAGUGGUGUAAAAUUGUGCAUCAGAUAUUCUUAUGCUUCUUAUCUUCCUAGGUCGAUAUAGGCUAACAUAGGCAAUAUGUGGGGAAGUUUCAAACAUCAUCUUCCCAAUUAUGCCAUUAGAGAAAAGUUUCAAACAGAACCGAGAAACCAGUCAAAAACUCAAAAUAGUACCCACGAUUGUCAGUGAUAAACAGAAGAACAUCAUUCAAAGUUUUAGCUAUUAGAACUUGAAGCAGGGUUUUACACAAUCCUUAAGCAGCCCAAAAAACCAAGAGUGAAAACAGUCAUUCUUCCAAUUCUUAGGAUUGUUUCACCUGUUUGGAUGCGGGUGAAUUUCCGGGAAUUUAAUCAAAAAUAGGGAAUUUCUAAUUUCUUAAGAUUGUUUCCCUCGUUUGAAUUCUUAUCUCGUGGAAUUAACAAUUUCCACGGAAAAUAAUCGUGGAAUUUAAAAGUUUAAAUUUCUGACUUGAAUUUCUCACAAAAUGUGUCAUUUGUCAAUUCUUUUGAUUGAGGUUACUCUAAAUACAAAUUCUUGUCAUUUUAAAACUCUACGUCAUGAAAUCCAAACAACAGAAUUCUUAAUUAAUGGAAUUUAAAAUUAUGAAAUUGUAAUUUCUAUAAUUUUAAAAUUUCUAUAAAAAUUACGGAAAUGAGUUUAGUCCCUCGAUCAAAAUGGCAACAAAACUACCUUAGCUAGCCUCACAGACAACAGUUUGACUAAUUGUUUAGGAUUGAUUCUGAUGGAUACUGUGAACUACCUUUUAGCCCUCAAUACCUGCAUAGGUCAUUCUUUCAAGUCUGGCACAGCCUCACAGACAACAGUUUGACUAAUUAUUAGGAUUGAUUCUGAUGGAUACUGUGAUCGACUGGGACAACACUAGUUUUUAUGAAUUAUGAGGACAGGUAUAGAAUUCAAUUCUUGUAAUGUCCUCAACUUCUAACGGAUGAGCCAAAACUCUUAUAAUUGUAGUCUGUGAUUUUAUGAUCUCGUGGUCCAUCUCCUCAUCAACUUUUAGAAGAAAAGGAAACUCAUAUGUGCUCUAUCAUGAAAUGAUUGAAAUCGAACUGAUAUCUACCAUCCAGACUUCUUUUACCUGAAAAGGAAAGGAACCAAUAACUCCAAUCAAAAACCUCUAGGACACUAAAGCUAAAUUGGUGCGUCAUAUAUUACUUAAAACAACUACAACUUCAUAAUGGACGGACUGUAUCUCAAUAGACAUGGUACACACACACACACAAAGAUAGCACACGCGAGAAUAUAACUGAAUUUUAUUCAAUACGAUUGAAAGGAGUUGAGCACAUGAUUAUCAUCACACUCCAAGUAACUGCAAGUGAUGCAACACACAAAAGAAAAGAGAAAGAAGAACAUAAUUCAACAUUUAAGAUACGAGAAUUUGAUGCAGGAUUCUUAGAUGAUCAUUAAGCAGCCGCACAACCAAGAUUGGAAACAAACUUCCAAUCCUAUUAAUUAGUGUGCCCUCGAUCAAAAUGCCCACACGAUAACCCUAGCCAAAUAGCCUCCAAUACCCUGCACAGUUCAUUCCUUCAAGUCCAGCUAGCUCAGAGACAGAGUUUACUGAAUUAUUAAUUAGGGUGAUUCUGAUGGUUAUUACUACUCGUGUUUAUAACGACAAGUUUAGGAUACUCCAAAUCUUCUUACGUCCAUAAGUUCAUAUCAGUCUCGGCGCAUGUAUGAUACUCCAACUAUGCAAAGAACAUAAGGGGUCCGAUCAAUUUAACGGCUUCGAGGUUUGAAACGAGGUUGAAAAGCAAGGCCAAAUAGGCAUGAAUCACUACUAGA